AUGGAUAUCAUCUUUGCUAGGGCAUCAUAUGCACAUCAUCUUCCUGCCGCUGCCUUUGCAACUCCAACACCGCAUCAUCUGGGCAAUGUCUUGACCGUGUCCAAUGUGUGUCCAAGGCAUGUUAGUGCCGUGUCGUAUUGGAGUGUGCGAGUGUCCAACACUCCAACAUUUGAGGAUACAUUUGUUUCAUGGAAAAGAGGUGGGUUAUGA